UGACCACAGGCGCGUACAGACAGACAGCCAGGGAUGCUGCAUUGGUGUGCAUGGGACGAACACAUGCACGUGCAGUGGGGGAUACUUCAUGCUACAUGCACGUGCAGUGGGGGAUACUUCAUGCUACAUGUACCCAGGAUGCAGGGGGAUGCUGAAAGGAGGAUGUAGCAGAGCCUGAUUAUAUUCUAUCUUCAACUUUACUCAGGAUCUGACCGAAUAAUUUCCUGACGACAAAACUUGUGCACGUAUGAUAGCCAUAAGGUUGUGUCAUUCUUGUAUGUCGCAAAAUUUGUAUUACAUAUUUCAGUGUCAAACGUGCUAAGACAGUGACAGAACACUAUAUUUUGAAGAUUAACGUAUAACAUUACAAGUCUCUACAAGACGGGAUCCAGGAGCACCAUGAUGAAUUAUCCAAGGGACAAUGCAUUCUCAAAACAGAGUUUAAUCACUGAAUUGUCUGUCAAAGCCGAUAAGCUUUUUCGAUUAGGGAAAAGAAUGCGCUUAAGCGACGCGGCAAUCAUUAACUGCUCCAGAAAGGCAUUACAAAGAAGUAUUUCGAACAGAACAUUGUUUGGGCGACACAUGGACGUGGUAUGUUCUGUUAUACACUAUCUGAGAAGUCUGAGAUUUAGCACAGUGGUGGCAGUGGCUGUGUUAGGUUUGAUGACGAUAGUGGUUUGCUGUGACGUCAUACCCCCCUCGAUGGAGGAGUCGCUGUCUGGCUUGGAGUAUAAGGUUGCGAGACUAGCUCGCCUGUUCAUGGAACCCUACCUGCCCACCACGGGUGCUGACGAAUAUAUCCAAGCUGAGUGUGCUGUGCCCAACCCCCUCUACCGCGACCACACCGACUGCGGACGCUGCAGUGGCGUUACACAAGCUACAUUGUUACAUGGUGUGGCACAACAUGACAACACCGACAGCAUCGUGGGUCUUGACAUGAACGAUGACGACGGUAAAGAUACCUCCCAAGGAGCUGAGACCGCCACAGAGAACGAUGUUGAAGAGAACAAGGAGAUAACAUUCGAAUACAUUUUGUUGCAUAAGGACUCCGCCAGCAGUGUGCACGUGUCCGACAUGAUGGCGGUGCUAGGAGAGCAUGAAGGCGUUCUGGCCAACACCACGAUGGACUGUUCUCCCGUCGGGGCCAUUCCCCUCAAGGACUUCUUCACCCACAGCUUUUAUUCCAAUUUUCAGACGGAGAAAUUAUCAUGUACCUGGAAAAGCAAGCUGAAUCUGGCCGUCGCCAUGUUGAUGAGGAAGAUGUUUCCCAGACCCAAGCUGUUGCCCCCGGAGUCCGAAGUGGCACCGCAGAAGUUUAUAUACGUGGAUGGUCCUGGGACAGGAGGCAGGAAAAUGAAUGAAGGUUUCGCGGACUUCAUCUACACCUGGUACGUGCAGGGGCAAGGGGAGAGAACUCUCAAAUUUUCACCGCCACUUGAGUGUCGAAAUGCAUGUCGGGACAUUCACGUGACGGUCAUGGAAGGCGACACACUUAUAUUUCCUGGCAAUCUCUGGGAUGUGCAUUUGCUGGCCAACAAGAAGUCGACCAGUCUCGCAUUUGAGGGAUAUAUGUACAUUUGAAAAAA